AUGCCUGACAAGCUUUAUCACGCUCCUAAAAUUAUUCCGCCACGGUCUUCAUCUGUAGGCGUGCCGACCGGGAAGAAAGAACCUAUUCGGCCUCAUCAAACCUCUCUAAAGCCACCACGUUAUUUACCCGUGACUAGUGAAGACAACUGGUUUUCAAAGCGCAACCAUCAGCCCUCUCCCAAACUAUCAACCUCUCCUCCUUAUUUUGGCGGCAGCCCACUCUCCUCCUCCUCCAUAGUCUCGAGAAGUCCUCUCCAGGACGAUAACAUGGCUUUUCAUGGGAGGAGUUCCUGGUCAUUGGACAAAGAUAACAUCUUGCUGGGCCCUUUUGAAUACCUUGACGCCCAGCCUGGCAAGAACAUCCGGUCGCAGCUAAUAACUGCCUUCAACCAAUGGCUCGAUGUUCCGGAAGAGAGUUUAAAAAUUAUCACCAAAGUAGUGGGAAUGCUGCACACAUCAUCUUUAUUGAUUGACGAUGUUCAAGAUUCGUCACUAUUACGAAGAGGACUACCCGUUGCUCAUAGUAUUUUUGGUACGGCGCAGACUAUCAACUCAGCGAAUUAUGUCUAUUUUCUUGCAUUACAGGAACUGCAAAAGCUGCAAAGUCCUAAAACCAUCACAAUCUACACAGAGGAGUUGUUGAAUCUGCACCGAGGUCAGGGGAUGGACCUUUUUUGGAGAGAUACUUUGACUUGUCCAACUGAGGAUGAUUAUCUCGAAAUGGUUGGAAAUAAAACAGGUGGUCUUUUCAGGCUCGCCAUUAAGCUGAUGCAAGCUGAGAGCAAAAAUCUCAAGGACUGUAUACCUUUGGUGAAUCUGAUCGGGGUAAUAUUUCAAAUUCGUGAUGACUAUCAGAAUUUAUCAUCUAAUGAGUACUCGGAGAAUAAGGGCCUCUGUGAGGACUUAACCGAAGGAAAAUUUUCAUUUCCAAUCAUCCACAGUAUUCGUGCCAAUCCAGAAAAUAUGCAGCUUCUAAGCAUCCUCAAGCAGAAGACAGAAAACGAACAGGUAAAGCGGUACGCGGUAGCCUAUAUGGAAGGUACGGAUAGCUUCGCUUACUGCAGGAAAGUGUUGGCGAGGUUGAUGGAGAGAGCCCGAGAACUAAUUGCCGAACUAGACGAUGGGAGCUCUCGGGGACAAGGUAUCCUGGCAAUAUUGGAAAACUUAAUUAUUUAA